AUGAACAAGUCAACGCUUCUACUGCUACUUUGCCUAUCCUUAACUGCUGCCUUUCCAAAAUCAAGGAGAUUAAACGAAAAUACUAAAAGAAAAUUAGCAGAAUCUUCAGUUGAUAUUUCAGGUACUUGGGAGCCCUUAAGGAUUAAAUUUGAAUAUGUAACUGAUGCUGAUCUUCAAACAAAAGAGUUUUUGAAUCAGAUCUUCUCGAUAUGUGGCACAUUUUUGUCAAAACACCUUCUGGUUAGAAGGAGUUCAGAUAAAAUCUAAUUACCUCAAGAUGCUCCAACAUAAUUCAAGGAAUACUUUGAGAUGGGUACUGAUAUGUUGUCUGUCUAACAUGACGCUGACCUGGUAUCUAAUUGUAAUAUAUUUUUAGGUCUUUUUUAUAAAUACAAUGAACGAUAGUAAUGACAGUACAUUAGCCUUUUGUGCUCCAGUUGUUUUUGAUGACAAGACUAAAAGACCUAUCUUUGGAGCUAUCGGAUGGAAUAUGGCCUAUAGUUAAGUGAGUACCUUAACAAAUGCUGGAUUUGAAUCACAAUUAGCAACAGCUGUUCAUGAAAUCAUUCAUGGACUUGGUUUUGUGGAGGAUCUUUUUAACUAAUUUUAUGAUUCAGUUACAGGUGAAGUCUAUCCAGAUGGAGGCAUGAUAUAGGAUGGGGACGUCGUGAAGAUCAUAACUCCUAGAGUGCUAGCCUUUGCUAGGAAACAUUUCGCAUGUGAUGAUAUAGAAGGAGUACCUAUGGAAUAAGAAGGUGGUGAUGGAACUGCUGGAUCUCAUUGGGAAAGAGCCUUAUUCUACAAUGAAAUGAUGACAGGAAAUGACAUGGUUAGUGAUUUUGUACUGACAGACUUUACAUUUCAAUUAUUAUAAGAUUCAGGAUAUUAUAGAUUAGCUGAUUACAAACCUGAUAUAUUAACAUGGGGAGAAGGAUAAGGAUGCAGCUUCUAUGAUUCAAUGUGCGAAUCUGAUUUCCCAGAAUUUUGUGCUGAUGAAGGAAGUGUAGGAUGUGCUAUAACCCAUAAUGGUGUUGGAGUUUGUUCUAGUGAUGAUUUAUCCAACAGUUGUAAGUAUUAUUAAAUCGAUCCUAAUCUCGAUUGUAGAAAUGCUAAUUCAGUUGGGUAUUCUGACAAUGGAGCUACCUUUUAAGAUUUUGGCUAUCAUAGUAUGUGUGUCGUUGGUGGUUUUGCAGCAGCAAGUGGCACUCCUUAAAAGUUCAGUUGUUAUAAAUACAGUUGUGAUGGCGCAUUUACUAUCACAGUCAAUGGUAAAUCCAUAGAUUGCUCUUCUGGAGGAGAGAAAACUCUUGAUGGAUUGAGUGGUAGCAUCACUUGCCCUGAGAAUUACAAAUAGUUUUGUGAAAAUGCCGAUGAAUGCCCAAAUUAGUGUAACAAAAGAGGUUUCUGUAUGAAAGGUGUAUGCACUUGUUAUGGAAAUUAUUAUGGAUCAGGUUGUGAACAAGAAAACUGCACAAAAAUUAGAAAAGGAACUGAAUGUGUUGACUCAUGUCCUUCUGGGUAUUAUCUCAAUGAUGCUGUCAAUUAUUGUAUUGGAUGUCCAGGAGUAAUUAUAUUAUUAAUCAAAUUAGUAUUGCACAUCUUGCUCGUCAUACAAUGCUUGUACACAAUGUUAAGACGGUUAUGAGUUGAGAGCAGGGUUCUGUGAUUUAUUAUCCAGCAGCAGUUAUUCAAGCCAUCUAGAAAUUCUAGUCCUUCUAUCAAUAGUGUUAAUCUCUUGAUAUCGAUGAUGAGG